UCGAUUUUGCUUUUCAAGAAGUACAUAAAGCUUAUACGAUUAGAAUAAAAAGUGUUACCUUGCUUCGAUUUUUGUCUGACACCUGAAUGGAAGAAGUAGAAUCUUGUGCUGGAUGUCUUCGUUUUGAUGACAAAAAAGAUGCAAAGUUUUGGUGUGUGAAUUGUAGCGAAUUUGUCUGCAAUUCCUGUGCUAAAUCGCAUAAAAAAUUACCAACACCUCAUGCCAUCUUAGCAAAGGAACACUUAUGCAUCAGUUCAGAUCUUCUAAGACUUGGAGGAAAUUGUGAAACCCAUCGCUCACAAAAAUAUGUUUUUUUUUUGCUGACAACAUGAUCAGCUUGCUUGUGACAAAUGUAAGUCAGAAUCACAUCAAACCUGUUCAUCUAUCGUUUCCAUUGAGAAAGCAGCUGAAAAUGUCAGGGACGGAAGAGUUUUAUCUGAUUUAGAAAAGAGGAUUGAUAACCUUGGUGAAAGAAUAGGGGUAAUUCUAAAGAAUAAAACAAAUCCAAUUGGACAUGACACAAGGGUUAAAACCGAAAUAAAGAAGACAGUUCAUGAUGUAAAGCAACAAUUAGUACUUCACUUUGAAAAACUAGAGAACCAGUUGUGUGAUGAUAUCGAUAUAAUGGUCCCAAAAUAUGGCCAAUCAGAGUCCAGAGAUCUGAAAAAAUUACAAAAAACGCUUAAAACGGUGGAUGGUUGGAAAAAAGAUCUAAAAUCUCUGAAAAAAAUCACGUCUGAAACCUAUCUUUUCCAAGUCAUCAAAUUUAUCGAUAAAGAGGUUCAUAAUCAAACAUCGGAAGUCGUAAAGUGUACAGCAAACAAACAAAUAUUAACAUUUAAACCUUCAAAAGCGGUAUUGAACUAUCAGACAGUAUUUCCAUCACUAGGAAAAUUAGCAAUUAAACCAUUGCUAAAUACAACGACAAUGGACCCAGAGAGAAAACAACAAGCCCAAGUCCCUUUGCGUAUCCCUAGGAAAAGACUUACUUUUGUUCGCUCAUUCAAAUCAACCGACUUGAACAUAAACGAUAGAUUAUCCAGCGGAUGUUUCAUGUCAGCGAAUAAGCUACUACUAAAGACGCAAUUAGGACUUGUCCUUUACAUUUGUAAUCUAGACAGAUCCGAUUCAAAACAAAUUAGGUUAAGUUGCCAGCCAGAAUGUAUUGCGAAGUUAGACAAUAACCGAGCUUUGGUUUCAUCCGUUGAAAAUUACAUACAGGUCAUUAAUAUUUCAAGUAGAAAACCAGAAACAAAAAUCAUGAUUAAGGGAAAACAUUGCACAGAUAUGUGCAGCCUAGAUGAAAAGAUCUGGGUAAGAAGCGAUCAUAAUACCCUCAUAGCAGUUGAUAUCGAUGGAAACGAAUUGACCAAGAUAAUAACAUUAUUUGACCCCAAUGAUAUUUGCGUACAUCGAUCUGGAGAUCUUUAUUUCAUUUCAGAAAGAAAUGCUAUAUAUGCAAUGGGUUCUGACGAAAAACCAUAUCGAAUUUCCCGACUUCCAAGGCAACAUAAUCCCGAUGGCGUCCAUCUUUCGGGGUUGGUUGUAGUGGACGAUGAUUUAUUUGUCGCAGAGAUGACUGAUAAUAACAUAUAUAAAAUUUCAAUUGAUGACGGGAAUCACGCGAUAGUUCUAACAGAAGAUGAUGGUAUCAAAGAACCGAUCGGACUUUCUUACAAUAGUGAAACAAAAGAGUUAUUGGUCGUAAAUAACCGUGGACUUUCUAUUUACUUUUUUAAAGUAAUAUGACAAUAUCAAAUGAAAGAGUUGUUUGAAACAACAGAAUUGUCCCUUUUUCAGAUAAUUUUCACAAGUAUACACCAAUUGUGACUAAUAUUUUCCAGUUUAUGAAUAUGAUUCUAUUUAGGCAACUUAUUGGGAAAUUUAAAUAACUUCUUAUGUAAUUUGCAAAACAACGAUCAAAUUUAAUUGUUAUUUAUCUUGUAUAUCAUCCAAUCCUUAUUGUAAAUUUCACUCUCUUGGUGUAGAGAAUUGUAUACAAUACACGUUCCUCAUUUUCUAUGAAAAGUAUUUCAAACAUAUUUACACUUUGACAGUUACUUGAUACAUUGUGUUAAAAAUUCAUGUUAUGACCAAAAAUGUCAAUUGACCCCUUAAGGAGUUAUUGCCCUUUAUAGUAAAUUUUUCGUAAAUUUUUGUAAUCCUUUACAAAAAUCUUCUCCACUUAAUCUACUGAGCCAAAUAGAAUUAAACUUAGCCACAAUUUUCAAUAGGGUAUCUUGAUUGAAAAAUGUAACCGAUGACCCUGUCAUCCAACCAACAUGGCCGCCAUGGCUCAGAAUAGAACAUAGUGGUUUACUAUAGAAGUCUAAGGUAAAAUUGUAAAAUAAAACAAUUUCAAAUGGUCACAACUAGAAAACUAAUUUAAAUAAUGAUAAAGGGUCUUCAGUAACUAUUGUUAGACUAUAAUGGGAUGACAUGCUUUUAAUUUAACUACUGGGCCAAAUUAAACCAAACUUGGCCUCAAUCAUUAUAAGGGUAUGUUAUACUAUUUAUUAUGAUUUUAACCUUACAUUUUAAACUUUACAUGAUUUCCAAAAACACAGUAGAUACAGGUGAGCGACACAAGUUCUUGUGAGCCUCUAGUUAUAUAUAUCCAUUACUUUGAUAUCAUAUAUUUCAUGUAGGGUUUUUUUUUUCUUUGAAAAAUACAACUGCAAUAUGUGCAGAUAUUUUUACUGAUCUUGUUUUAUAAAUAAACAUAAACAGUCAGUCAUUCGGUGAAAUAACUAUCUUCGUGAAUAAAGCAUAAUCUGAGAAGUUCUGUGUGUAAACAAGAGAUAAAAAAAGAUGAGAAAUCGAGCGCAUAUAAGAGUCGGCGGAAUUGACGACGUUUUUUUAAUAUUGUUAAAAAUGUUGAAACUAUAUUAUUACAUUGUUAUUUUACUCAUAUUUGGGGAUAUGUAAAAUAUAUAAUAUCCUAAGUUAAAACAUAUAAAAAGGGGAAUUACAUUUUGUAAACAUGUUUGAUAAAUAAAUAAUAUGUAUUUUUGGA